UGUUUCCACAGCAACAGUUCUGUGGAUGGGGUAAAGCCAGGGUACAUGGAGAUACACAAACAGGACAGCUUUCAAUGAAGCCAUAAGAAUCAGGGAAUGCUAAGUACAUCCCAUAAUGCUCUGCUAUCUCAAGUGGAUGAGCUCAGUACAGAACUGAAGGAAAAGAACAAGAAGGUGGUGAGUCUGGAAAGUCAGCUGGCAGACAUGUCUGUCCUACGGAUUACAGUGAGAGAGUUUGAGGACAGAGUGGAGGAUUUGAAAAGAGAGAGAAAUCUACUGAAGGGAAAUCAUGACAGACUCUUAAAAAACAUGUUAAACAGCAACAGUCAGCCUCACUGGAGCACUGACCUCAUAAAGGAACGGCUCCAGCAGAAAGUCUCUCAUCUACAGGAGCAGCUGGAUUCUGAGGUAGAAGAGAAGAGAAAGAUCUUGCUUCAACUGGCUAAGGAGCAGGCUGAAAAUGCAGACCUGAAGCAGGAAGUCACCCAGAUGCUAAUGAAACAUAAAAAGGAAGUAGAACUUCUCCAACAGAAAACUACCACCAUGACCACUACUAGCAGCCAGUCAGAUCCAGACUUUCUGCAACCUUCACACCAAGAGUAUACAAGGACCCAUGAACUGAACUCUCUACAAGAAAUCCAAGAAGACGAAAAGAACCUGUGUUGGGCUUAUAAUCAGAUGAAAGCGGCACACGCAGAAACUGCACUAGAAUUAGAGAAGACAAGAGACAUGCUACUUGUGCAGCACCAGAUCAACAAACAUUAUCAGGAUGAACUGGAAAUCGUGAAGACAAAAGCUGAUAACAGCGAGAGAGAGCACAAGGAGGAGUGGGAAAAGUUGAAUCGACUCCUGCACCUCAAGAACAAUCGAAUCCAACAACUGGAAGGUAACUUCAACCUCAAUGACCCUAUGGGGAAACCCAAUGGGUCCAUUGAACUGAAAUUGGAGUGGGAGUCUCAUUACCUUUCUCCAGAGAGUUCACUGAAGCCAGCAACCCAGUCUGUUGAAAAUGACAACAACAAGGCACCCCUGUCUGUGGAAAAUUACAAUGAAGUGCUCUUAUCUGUAGACAAACACAAUGAGGCAAACCUGCAAGUAGAAGAUUUCAGUGAGGCGCCCCCCUCUGUAGAAAAUAAAGAGACAGACUUGCAUCUAGAACAUUACAAUGAAACACCCCUGUCUUUGGAAAAUCACAAUGAGGCACCCCUGUCUGUGGAAAAUUAUGAGGCACCCCUGUUCGAAGAAAAUCCUGAGGUACUCCUAUCUGCAAAAAACUACGAGGCAAACCUGUCUGUAGAAGAUUACAAUGAGGCAGACUUGUCUAUGGAAAGUUAUAAUGAGGCGUCCCUGCAUGUAGAAGAUUAUGAGGAAAGCCUGCCUAUAGAAAAUUACAAGCAGGUGAAGGAGAAGAAAUUGUCAGGUGCUAUUGACGAUGCACAAAAAGAGCCAGGGGAAUGUUACCCAGAAGUAAAGCAGCAAGAGUCUCCAUCUCCUGACAUUGCUAAUCGACCUUCUGAACAAGCUGAUGAAGUCAGUGAAACACAGACAACAGACAGUGAUGAUGUCAUAGUGACACCCCUGUCUCAGAAAGGGCCUAAGAGAAAUUCAGACAAGAUUUGCAUUGAAAUUGUGUCCCUGGCCUUUGACCCUGAAGCUGAAGUGAUGUCUGAUGACAGCAUCCAGCAGGUAUAUGUGGAGUACAGAUUUCAUGAUCUGCCCUUGUCAGAGACGGAGACACCUGUAUCCCUUCGGAAACCCAGGGCAGGGGAAGAUAUCCACUUUCAUUUCAACAAAGUGAUAGACCUGAACCCAGUGGAACACAGAGACCGAAGGAAGUUUCUCUUUUCUAUGCUGCAGGAAAAAAAUCCUGAGCAGAGGCAACUGAAAUUUAUAGUGGUGAGUGAUCCUGAAGAGCAAAAGAAUGAAUGUCAAGAAGUAGGCUAUGCUUACUUGGAACUGUGGCAGAUCCUGGAUACAGGAAGAGACAUUUUAGAACAAGAGAUAGACAUCAUCAACCCUCAGGACAAAGCUACCUCCAUCGGAAAAUUGAAAGUGUCCCUUCAAGCAACCGAUGCACUUCACGCCAUUUUCAAGGAGAUGAGUGAGGACAUACAUUUAUGAUAACGCAGAUGCAAGCAGUCUCUUAUUUAGAAGUGAAUACAUCACAGGGUCAUUUUGAGGGGACCACUGUAAAAGUCUGCUUAUGAAGUGCUUUGCUAUUCCACAGAUUUAUAACCCUAUUUACUUAGUGACACCUAGUGUCUCCCUCACUAUCAUGGAGAAAACCUAGACUCAUUGUUACUUUUUUCUGGUACCAUCUGUCCAAAUACGGCUCCUGCAGUGAAAGGUCCUGGCACUUCAUUAGGUGAGAAAGCAGACUUGAGAUUUGCUCAUGACCUCUUUCAGGCUACUCUGGGAACUGCACAAAAGAACUGUCACAAGAGGUGAACUUACAAAAAAACACAUUUUAUUCAUCUUUUAGUUCUUCCAAAGUUGAAAAUAUCAAGUCCUACUGCUAAGGAGAAAAAAACAAAACAAAAAGCCUCUCUCUCUUAAAGUCACAGGACACAGAAUGAUCUGUUCUGGGACGAGUGAGCACAGAGGACUAGGAGGGAAGAUGGCAGGCAAAACCCCCUCCCAAAUACUAAAACAAACAAACAAAAAAAAC